GCGAAUCCCCGGGGCCCCUGGUCCGCGCCUCUAGCGCGCCCCUCUGGCCCCGGGCCUGGCCCCGCGCACGCGUGGGAAAGUUGGCCUGGAACCGGCCAGACCAGUUCCGCCUGGGCGCGCGGACCGGCCGCAGGAAGUUGCUGCAAAACUUUUUUUGGGGGGUGCAGCCAGUGCCCCCCGCGCGCCGCGGCCGGAUGCUCGCGGGGUAGGGUGCCCCGGGCGGAGAGGGGUGCCCGGAGGGAGGAUCGCGGAGGGGGCGCCCCGGCCCCGCUGCCCUGGGGCUAUGGCCAUGGUGACCGGCGGCUGGGGCGGCCCCGGCGGCGGCGGCAGCGAUACGAACGGCGUGGACAAGGCGGGUGGCUACCCACGCGCGGCCGAGGAGGACUCGGCCUCACCCUCGGGCGCUGCCAGCGACGCCGAGCCGGGUGACGAGGAGCGACCUGGGCUGCAGGUGGACUGCGUGGUGUGCGGGGACAAGUCGAGUGGCAAGCACUACGGCGUCUUCACCUGUGAGGGCUGCAAGAGCUUCUUCAAGCGGAGCAUCCGCCGCAACCUCAGCUACACCUGUCGGUCCAACCGUGACUGCCAGAUCGACCAGCAUCACCGGAACCAGUGCCAAUACUGCCGUCUCAAGAAGUGUUUCCGGGUGGGCAUGAGGAAGGAGGCGGUGCAGCGAGGCCGCAUCCCGCACUCACUGCCUGGAGCUGUGGCAGCUUCCUCCGGCAGCCCCCCGGGGACUGCGCUGGCGGCGGCGGCAGGCGGAGACCUUUUUCCCGGGCAGCCAGUGUCGGAGCUGAUCGCGCAGCUGCUGCGCGCGGAGCCCUACCCUGCGGCGGCUGGGCGUUUCGGCGCGGGCGCGACGGGCGCAGUUCUGGGCAUCGACAACGUGUGCGAACUGGCGGCGCGAUUGCUCUUCAGCACCGUGGAGUGGGCUCGCCACGCUCCCUUCUUCCCCGACCUGCCUGUGGCUGACCAGGUGGCGCUGCUGCGCCUCAGCUGGAGCGAGCUCUUCGUGCUGAACGCCGCGCAGGCGGCGCUGCCCCUGCACACGGCGCCGCUGCUGGCGGCUGCUGGGCUGCACGCCGCGCCCAUGGCCGCCGAGCGAGCCGUGGCCUUCAUGGACCAGGUGCGCGCCUUCCAGGAGCAGGUGGACAAGCUGGGCCGCCUGCAGGUCGACUCUGCUGAAUACGGCUGCCUCAAGGCCAUCGCACUCUUCACGCCGGAUGCUUGUGGACUUUCAGACCCUGCGCAUGUGGAGAGUCUGCAGGAGAAGGCACAGGUGGCACUCACCGAGUAUGUGCGGGCCCAGUACCCAUCACAGCCCCAGCGCUUCGGGCGCCUGCUGCUGCGGCUGCCGGCCCUGCGUGCUGUGCCCGCCUCCCUCAUCUCCCAGCUGUUCUUCAUGCGCCUGGUCGGCAAGACACCCAUUGAGACGCUGAUCCGAGACAUGCUGCUGUCGGGGAGUACCUUCAACUGGCCCUACGGUUCAGGCCAGUGACCUCAAAGGACUUGGAUGUUGGGGCCUCCAGAGGGUUCCCCCACGUGGAGGACCACCCCCUUCUCUCUCCUCAGACUCCUAUUUUUUAAAGACUGUGAAAUGUUUGUCUUUUCUGUUUUUUAAAUGAUCAUGAAACCAAAAAGACUGAUUGUCCAGGCUGCAGCUGCAUCAUCCCUAGAACCUCUAGUUGAGAUGGGGAACAGGAAUGGAGAGUCCAGUCCCAGACAUUCUUGUCCCUCAGUGCCUGAAGCAUGAAUUCUUGGGAUGGUGGGGUUGGCUUUCCUGACUUGAUGAACAAAGUCCUGGCAUCUGGACUGAGGGGGGCCACAGCCGUGCAGCCAGGCAGGCUUAGCGUGCGCCAAGCUGAUCUCCUGGACAUGUAAUCCACGUUGGACACUACAUGAUGAACGAAUCAAGGCCAAUAAUAAAAAUGUUUCCUAUC